CACUUUUUGUCUCAAAAAAUCUAAAACCAAAUCCCGCGUUCCAAAUAAGCAGAAAAGUGCGUUUCACUAUCACACUCUGAAGUGAUUCUCUCAACAGAUUCGGUGUUUUCGCACAUUUUCUUCGGAUCUUAAUUCUCACCAUGAAUCGCAACCACGAUCCCAAUCCUUUCGAAGAAGAAGAAGUCAAUCCAUUUUCGAAUGGUACUGGAUCAAAAUCACGUGUUCCCUCAGUGGCUUCUGAACCACUAGGCUUUGGUCAAAGACAUGAUGCUACUGUUGAUAUUCCUUUGGAGACUUCAAAUGGGGACUCCAAGAAAAAAAGUCAAGAGCUAGCAGUGUGGGAAGCUGAUUUGAAAAGGAGAGAGAAGGAUAUAAAAAGAAGGGAAGAUUCUGUUGCUAAAGCUGGUGUGCCUGUUGAUGAUAAGAAUUGGCCUCCAUUUUUCCCAAUCAUUCACCAUGAUAUUGCCAAUGAGAUUCCAGUUCAUGCUCAGAGAUUGCAAUAUUCAGCCUUUGCUAGUUGGUUGGGAAUCGUUCUCUGCUUAGUUUUUAAUGUAGUUGCAGUGAUUGUCUGUUGGAUCAGAGGCGGGGGUGUUAAAAUAUUUUUCCUUGCAGUGAUUUAUGCGCUGCUUGGGAUUCCCCUUUCAUAUGUGCUUUGGUACAGGCCCCUCUAUCGUGCUAUGAGGACUGAUAGUGCACUGAAGUUCAGUUGGUUUUUCAUGUUCUACUUGCUUCAUAUAGCAUUUUGCAUCUUUGCUGCAAUUGCACCUCCAGUUGUUUUUCAUGGAAAGUCAUUAACGGGCAUCCUUGCAGCGAUUGAUGUGUUCUCAGACCAUGUAUUGGUUGGGAUAUUCUAUUUGAUUGGAUUUGGUCUGUUUUGCUUGGAGGCUCUUCUAAGCUUGUGGGUAAUUCAGAGAAUAUACAUGUUUUUCCGGGGGCACAAGUGAGACUAUGCUCAAGAUUUUGUUCUAGCGGCUUUUAUAGUGUCAGUCACUAUCCAGCGUGGCCUAGUAUAUUCUCUUUUUUCUCAAUCCUCUUCUCCAUUCUUUGCAAUAUCUUUGUGUGGUAUUGUUCUGUUGUUUGUCUGUAGUGAUUGUACCAUAGUUUUGUCUGUACUUGACAGUAUAGUGAGAAUUAUGUGAAACUGAUUAUGUUUUUAGAAUCUCUAGAAAGUUGAAACACUAUUUUACUUUUGAUAUGCAUAUAUGUAUUGGAUUUCCAGUGUGGAUCUAGUUUA